GCCUUUGCUCUGGUUCUGGAAUUUUGAACUUUGACAAUGAAUUAGGAAACUAGAGUUGAUAUGGUAAUUGGCAGUCAAAUGAAGUUUGUUCAGUAAUUUUAGCAAAAUGGGUCAAGAAUUUGUGUCCUUAUUUCACCUACAAACAAAGAGAUUGCUAUGGCUUAUUGGUAUUACGUUUGUAGUGAUUUUAGCAUUCCAGUAUUUUGAGCUUCGUUUGGGUAAUGUUCUAGCCCCUCUAAAAUCGGCUGAGAAGAUACCCUCAUCGGGAAGUAGUAGAUUCCAAGCUUCAGAUCAACAAUCUGUGUCCGAAAUAUCUAACAAUGUGACAAUUUUGAGUCAAGCAAACUCUACUGGUGAAAAUGCCCUUGAGAUAGUUAAUAAAACUAGGAUGUCUGAUGAAAAGGACGCUAUUUCAAGAACUGGUUUCAUCUCAGAACCAGGAACGGUGUCAAAUAAAUCUUUAGGAUUUGAUGAGUCUGAUGGAAGUUCCGCAGUGGAAAGUAUUAGUAUAUCAGAUAAUGGCUCUGCAAUAGAGCAAGCAGGAAAUCUUGGACUGAGCAGUUAUAACAAUACUACAGGUAUGAAUUUGACAAGAGAUAUUAACAUUACAUCUGGAUCAGAACAUACAUCGGCAAGUUCAUAUACUAAUUCGCAUUCCCCUUCUCAUGCAAUAACUCCAACAUAUUCAACUCCACCUAUAAGUCCUCCAACAAAAGUCAGCCCAAAUAUUAUACCUCCAGUGUUAUCAAAUGAUUCCAACAAAACUGAUUCGGGGAAGGUUGAGAGGUUAAGGCCAUCACGAGAUGAUGUCAAUAUACUGGGCAAGAAUUCUUCUAUCAUCAUUGUGCCUAAGGACACUGAAGAUUCUCAUAUAUCAGUUCCAGAAAUAACAUCAAUCUCUGAAAUGGAGAAGUUAUUGAUUCAAAGUCAUGCCACAUAUCAUUCUAUGAGGCCAAGGUGGUCUGCCGCUGUUGAUCAAGAGCUACUGCAGGCCAGAUCAGAGAUUGAAAAUGCACCAAUUGUAAAUAAUGUUGAAAAUCUUUACGCCCCACUUUUUCGAAAUGUUUCCAUGUUCAAGAGGAGCUGUGAAUUAAUGGAAAAGACUCUCAAAGUAUAUGUAUAUAGAGAAGGAGCUAAGCCCAUAAUGCAUUCACCAUAUCUUUUGGGAAUUUACGCUUCCGAGGGAUGGUUCAUGAAGCUGAUGGAAACUAAUAAAGGAUUUCUUACUAAAGACCCAAAGAAGGCCCAUCUGUUUUACUUACCUUUCAGUUCUCGAAUGCUAGAGGAAACUUUGUAUGUACAGAAUUCACAUAGUCAUAGGAACCUGAUUCGAUAUCUGAAUGAUUAUGUACACAUGAUUGCCCGGAAACAUCCUUUCUGGAACAGAACAGGAGGUGCUGAUCAUUUUCUUGUUGCCUGCCAUGACUGGGCCCCUACAGAAACAAAGCAGCACAUGGCUAAGUGCAUAAGAGCACUAUGCAAUGCUGAUGUUAAAGAAGGUUUUGUCUUGGGGAAGGACGUAUCUCUUCCUGAAACGUAUGUCCGAAAUUCCCAGAAUCCCACUAGAGACCUUGGUGGAAAACCAGCUUCAAAGAGGAAAACUCUAGCCUUUUUUGCUGGGGGCAUGCAUGGUUAUGUUCGGCCAAUCCUGUUGCAGCACUGGGAAAAUAAAGAUCCUGACAUGAAAAUCUUUGGGAUAAUGCCUAAGUCUAAGGGCAACAGGAACUACAUCCAAUACAUGAAGAGCAGCAAGUACUGUAUUUGUGCAAAGGGGUAUGAAGUCAACAGUCCAAGAGUUGUGGAGGCCAUCUUCUAUGAAUGUGUCCCAGUCAUUAUAUCAGACAAUUUUGUGCCUCCAUUUUUUGAGGUUUUGAAUUGGGAAUCCUUUGCUGUUAUCAUUUUGGAGAAGGAUAUUCCAAAUUUGAAGAGUAUACUCCUUUCCAUCCCACAAAAGAGGUAUCUUCAAAUGCAGAUGAGAGUGAAAAAGGUGCAGCAGCAUUUCCUUUGGCACAGGAGCCCUGUCAAGUAUGAUAUAUUUCAUAUGAUACUUCAUUCUAUUUGGUACAAUAGAGUCUUCACUGCAAGAGCUAGAUAACUUUAGAGACAUUGCCCCAAUGGAUUCAGAGAUGGUUUUUUUUUUUUUUUAAUGUAAAAUAUAUUUUUUCCCUUUGGGGCUAAACAUAGGGAUAGAAAUCAAAGUUGAUAUU